AAAACAUGGCAGAAGCUAGUUAAUAUGAUAUUACAUGAAAUUAAUAAUCAUCGGUUUGCUAGCGUUUUUCAAAAUCCGAUCAGAGAACAAGAUGCGCCUGGCUAUUAUGACAUAGUAAAACAGCCAAUGGACUUAAAGAGUUUGAAAAAACGCCUUCGUGAAGGGACCAUCCACGAUACCAAUUCAUUUCAUCGUGAUUUAAUGUUAAUGUUUAUGAAUGCCUCGGUGUUUAACAGAGAAGAAACAGAUAUUCACCAAAUGGCGUUAGAAAUGAAAGAUCAUGUUGAAACACAAAUCUUGGAUUUUAGAAGAAGUGAAGGCUCAGGAGGGACACAUGAGCCGGCUACACGAAGAAAGAGUAUGGCCAUAGACGGUAUGAAACUACGGCGUCUUUAA